AUGGAACUUAGUGACGACCCUCAAAUUAUGGUGGCCGCUGGUGGUGAGGCAGCAGCGUUGAUGGCCGCCUACGAUAUCUUUGUUGCUGUAGCAGUAGAGUACUUCACAAAAUGGGUAGAGGCCGAACCUCUCGCCACAAUAUCGGAGCCCAAGCUAAGAGCCUUCACUUGGAGGUCUAUCAUUUGUAGGUUUGGGAUACCAAAGGUCCUCAUCACCGACAAUGGCAGGCAAUUUGACAACCAACCAUUUAGAAACUUUUGCUCAAACCUUGGGAUUGAUCACCGUCUGACAUCAAUUUCGCAUCCUCAGAGCAAUGGUCUGACCGAGGUAACAAAUCGAAUCAUAUUGCAAGACCUCCGAACAAGAAUAAGCAAUGCUAGGGGUUCUUGGUCCGACGAGCUACCUUCUAUACUACGGACAUAUAGAACAACUCAUAGGACAACCACAGGAGAAACCCCUUUUAUGUUAGCCUAUGGCAUUGAAGCAAUGGUCCCAGUGAAAAUUAGACUGCCAAGCCAUAGGAGGCUCGUGCCAGAAACCUCGGAGCAUACAACUCAGAAAUCUCGGAGCAUACAACUGAACAUCUUGAUCUCUUGGAAGAAGUACGGGAGCAAGCCGCUAUAA